AUGGAGGUGACAUUUGGCGCCGUUGGGGACUUUAUCUCCAUCGGGGUGCUGAUCAAGGAUUUAAUCCAACUGCUCGAUGACAGUCGAGGCUCUGUUUGGGAAUACAACUCGUUAAAGCAACAACUCAUCUUUCUUCGACUGAACUUGGACCUCGCAAAGCGCUCGUACGAUGAGCACUAUAACGCACCCCAGUUCCAGGAUAUUCGGACCACGCUGGAGAGUGUCGUGAAUGAGGCGGAGAGAAGGCUAGAGGGUAUUGCAGUCAAGGUAAAAAAAUACACAUCAACUCUGUCUAAAGACUCGACCGAGAGACGGAUAAAAAGACUUGCAAGAAAAGUUCAAUGGAGUCUUGAAAAGAAGGAGACGGAAAAUCUUUUGUUGGACCUCAAUCGUUACACAUCCAUCAUCCAAUCAUUGCAAUUUGAUGGAUUUACGCGUUUGAUGGCACACAAACUUGAUAGUAGCCAGAAAGACCAAAACGAUACCCAAAAGCUUGUGAGCAAGCUUCAAAAGGACUUUGACGAUCGAUUUACUAGCCUCGAGGACGAGUUGAGAGCUGUCAGAACUAAUUCUGCCAAUACGCAGCAAUAUCUACUUGACAUCAGUGUGGUCAUCACUAGGCGACUCGACAUAGUCACACAAACAGUCAACUCUCUGGGCGUUGCUGUACUGAGAGGUGUUUCAGGGUUGUCUUACCUUGGGACAUCCGUCUUGUGCUUACUAUCCACAAUGCAUAGCAACAUUAUAGGUCGUCUCGAGCGCCCUCCGCAUAUGGGCCCCUUUUUUACGUUUGAGGAUUAUCUGGGUGUUGAUUCGAUCAUAUUACUUAAUUUUGUUGAUUCCUGGAACGCCUUUGAGGGAUCUUUACAUGGCAAGUUCAAGGGUCGAAAGGGUGGCAGACGAGUGGCCCAGAAUCGAUUCCUGCUGCAGGAUCAUCAAACCGGAGAUGAGAUUGAUCGGGAUGUUCAUUGGAACUUAGCUAUCACGCCAGGCUCUCGGAUCAACAUGAGUUUGAUUUGUGAGGUUAAGGAGGACGAGGAUGAAGCCUAA